AUGAGUGACAAUUUGUCGAAAACAUAUAUUUCGAUAAGGAAAACACAGAGUUGGAAUUUCCCGGGGAAGCUCUUUUCAAUGGAGGUCCUUGCGAGUUCUUCAUUAUCCCCAAAUUUUACUAAACCUCAUAAAAUAAGCCCUAAUUUCUCAAUCCAGGUGAAAUUGUGGGUAUCUCAACCUCCAACGAUUUUAAAAGCUAGCAACUUUAGAUAUGAGAGGAAUCGUAGUAACAAGCCAAGGAGCAAUGCAAACCCAGGACUCGUGUUCGUCUGUAAUAGAUAUAUGUGUCUUCUCGAAAGAAAUGAUCAUAGGAAGUUUUCUGGGAAGGUUAUGAUGAAAUCUUCAGUCAAUUUCAGAAAGAACGUCUCCGUCGCAUUAGUUCGGCUAGUUUCUGUUCUGCUUGUCUCCUCCAUUUCUGUCGUUACCACUGAUUCACCAUCAUACAAUGCUAUCAAGAAAAUGAUUGCAACACUAGAUGAUCCUUUCACUCGGUUCUUGGAGCCUGGAAAGUUUCAGAGUUUGCGGUCUGGAACACAAGGCGCUGUUACGGGUGUUGGGCUAUCGAUAGGUUAUCCCGCUGCAUCAGAUGGAUCAACGUCUGGGCUUAUUGUUAUAUCAGCUGCUCCGGGAGGUCCUGCAAACAGGGCGGGAGUUUCAGCAGGAGAUGUUAUUCUUGGGAUCGAUAAUACAACCACAGAAACACUUACCAUAUACGAUGCUGCACAGAUGUUGCAGGGACCUGAAGGAAGCACAGUGGAGCUAGCGAUUCGAAGUGGACCUGAAACGAGAUUCUUAUCUUUGACGCGAGAGAGGGUUUCCGUGAACCCGGUGAAGUCAAGAUUAUGUGAGAUUCCUGGCUCUGGGAGUAAUUCUCCAAAGAUUGGGUAUAUCAAGCUAACAACAUUCAAUCAAAAUGCUUCUGCUGCGGUAAAGGAAGCAAUUGAGACAUUGAGAGGAAACAAUGUAAAUGCAUUCGUCUUGGAUCUUCGAGACAAUAGUGGCGGUUCUUUCCCGGAGGGAAUUGAGAUUGCUAAGUUAAAUAAAGGAGUGAUUGUGUAUAUUUGCGAUAGUCGAGGUGUUAGAGAUAUAUAUGAUACUGAUGGAAGCAAUGCUAUAGCAACCUCUGAGCCUCUUGCCGUUCUCGUUAACAAAGGCACAGCGAGUGCCAGCGAGAUAUUAGCAGGCGCCUUGAAAGAUAACAAGCGUGCUCUGGUCUAUGGAGAACCGACUUACGGAAAAGGUAAGAUACAGUCAGUGUUUCAGCUGUCUGAUGGUUCGGGCUUGGCAGUCACAGUUGCUCGAUACGAAACACCAGCUCACACGGAUAUAGACAAGGUGGGUGUUACUCCUGAUCAUCCGUUGCCGAAGUCGUUUCCUAAAGACGAAGAGGCUUUUUGUGGAUGCCUUAAGGAUCCUACGGCUGCUUGUUAUCUCAAUCAAGGCCUGCUUUUUUCUAGAUGA